AUGUUGGUGAAAUUAUCUACACUACAAGUGGCGGAGUUGGAUAUUAUUUUACAGACAAAUAAUAUUCAUGUAAAUGGUAACAAACAAGCCAAGAUUGAUGAAAUUACGACAAUUCUAGGAACGGACCAAAUAAACACCGACGAAUACGAUUUCAACCAGCAAAAUAGUACGAUGCAGAGACAAAUGGAUGAACUGAAACAAAUGGUAGCAGAUUUAUCGCAAGCUGUGUCAACGAUCAACGUACGAACACAAAAUCUGAUGACGGAACGACAGGAGCGUGCAAAUGAACCCGCAAGGUCGGAGGAAAACCAUCAGCACGACGUAGUCGAGCAACAAUCUAUGGGACAACGAAUAAGUCCACGGGACUACAAGAGUAAUACAUCGAUAAAAGAUGUUAUAGGAAUGCUUCCCGAAUUUGACCCAAUAAAAGGAGCAGUGAAUUCGCAACAAUUUUUGGACAAAGUAGAACAGUUACAGAUCGUGUAUGAGUGGAGAGAUGCCACCAUAUUGUUUGCUGUACAGCAGAAACUAAGAGGUGUAGCUAAAGACUGGUUGGAUUCACAAAGACUAUAUCAGACUUGGAGUCAAUUUAAGGAUGCACUACUAAAGGAUUUUCCAAGUGUAGUUAAUAUAUCAGAUGUUUACAGGCAAAUGAUGCGCCGCAAGAGAAAGCAUAACGAAACGUUAAUUGAAUACUUCUACUCAAUGAUGGCGAUAGGUCGAAAAGGUAAUAUAGACGAUAAAUCCAUCAACUCAUAUAUUAUCAACGGAUUAAAUCAGCAAGAGUCAACAAAAGCUUUACUAGCCAUGAAUUUAUGUACAUGUGCAGAAUUGUUUCGGUCACUGGAGAAUAUGAAUUCUUCAUCCGUAUGGCAGUCAUACCGUACGGCGGAAUACGCAUCGUCAGAUACCGCAAAGACCAUGGAGGUUAACAAGGAUAAUAAUGCUAAGGGUCCAAAAUGCUUUAAUUGUAAUAAUAUUGGACAUAUCGCAGCCAAGUGUCCGGUUGAAUCGAAAAAGCCAAGAUGUUCGUUUUGCUCUAAGAUAGGACAUGAAGGAAAAGAUUGCAGACUUAAGCGGUCAACGGUGUCGAAAGUUGAUAGCAUAAAGGAUAAGAAGCGUCCCCCAAUCUUGAAGAAAAUACUUAUUGAAGGACAUGAAUAUGAGGCGUUUGUAGACACAGGCAGUGACAAUACAUUCAUGCAAAAGUCUCAGGUACCGAUCGACGCAGUUCUACAGGUUAUGACCAAUUCUUUCAGAGGUUUUGGAGGAGGAAUUGUUGAGUCAAAGGAAUGCCUGUUAACGGAGAUCGUUUGGGAUAACAAGCGAAUAGAUGUAUGCAUCUACGUAGUUCAAGAUAAAGAACUUAAUUAUGCAGUCCUCUUAGGAAGGGAUAUUUUGUGUGCAGAGGAUGAGACAAAGGUCGAAACGAAGUCAACUAAUUCUCCGACGGAGGUAAAAUGCGAGUUUGAUAUCGGCGCUGAGGUUGACGAUCCUCAGCGCAAACAGGUGAGUGAUCUAUUGAACGCUUAUACAGAAUGCUUUGCCGAAGAUUUUUCAAAUAUUGGCAGAUGCAAAUCAACAAAGAUGGAGAUCAAAGUAACAACCACGAAUCCAAUUGUGGGACGGCGAUAUCAAGUACCAUUUGCAAAAAGAGAUGCAUUACGAACAGUAGUAGAUGAACUUCUGAAGUACAACAUAAUCCAACGAAGCACAUCACCACAUGCAGCAUCCUCGAUUUUGGUGCCCAAACCCAAUGGAGAACAUCGCUUAUGUGUUGAUUUCAAAACCCUCAACGCAGUCACAGUAAAGCAACACUACCCGAUGCCAGUCGUAGAAGAGCAAUUGGCAAAGUUAGCAGGAAAUCAUUUCUUUACAACGCUGGAUAUGACGUCUGGAUAUUAUCAAAUAGAAAUGAGCAACGAGAGCAACGAGAGCAACGUCUGGAUAUUAUCAAAUAGAAAUGAGCAACGGUUAAAUCCGAGGGAUUAA